AUGAUAGCGUUUUAUACCCCGCACGAGCACGUCCGACUGGCAGCGACACAAGACAAAGACCCCACAUUGGAAAAAUUGCAGCAGAUCAUCACAGGAUUUGAAACACCUCAGCUUGCUUCGUCGAUUUUAAAGGACAGCGACAAAGGCUCAGCAGAGACAUCGGAGCUAGACACAGGUGCAUCUCGCUCGUUAGUUGGCAUACAAGGCUAUACAAAAUUAGGUGAACCUAUUUUAGAGAUAAAACUACGAGCUUACGGUAAUCUUGAGGUGCCAGUCAAAGGCAUCGUCCACGUUAAAGUCACAUGGAAGCAAAACACACUCGUUUUACCACUUUUAGUCGUUGAGAGUGAGCAAGGGUCUAACAUAAUGGGCUUGGAUUGGUUAAGAGCUUUUAAGUAUACGCUACGCAGUUUAUCAGAAGAGCAUGUGUUUCAAACGAGCAACGACGAUAAACAUGAACUUGCUGUGAAGGCAAAAUUACUUUGCGAAUCCCAUAAAUCAGUUUUUAGUCCUGGGUUAGGACGCAGCACCCAAUUUGAUGCACAUCUUAAACUCAAAUCCAUUGUCAAGGAGGAAAUAGAGCGAAUGGUUCAACUUGAUAUACUUCGUCCUGUUGAGACGAUUCAGUGGGCAACUCCUAUUGUAGUAGUAGGAAAAUCAAACGCCUCAAUCCGAUUAUGUGGCGAUUACAAAAUAACCGUCAACCCUCAACUGGAAAUCGAUCGUCAUCCGAUGCCUAAGAAGGAAGAACUUUUUCAUCGCAUUCAGGACGGAGAACAUUUUUCAAAAAUAGACAUGUCUAAGGCUUAUUUACAAAUUCCUUUGGACAAGGAAUCUAAAAAAAAUUGUGUCUUAUCAAGCUCCACCGGAAUAUUCCAGAAAUUCAUGGACCAAUUGAUAUGCGAUUUAAGAUGUUGCGCCGUAUACAUUGAUGAUGUCAUUGUGUCAGGUAGAACAUCAGCUGAUCAUUUACAAAACUUGAAGACAGUUUUAGAGCGUUUUGAAAAAAACGGCCUGAAGUGCAAUCUUUCUACAUGCCAAUUUGCACAAAAAGAGGUCGAGUACUUAGGUCAUAUUAUUGACAAAAAUGGAAUACAUCCCUCAGAGUCACGCUUGCAAGCGAUAAGAGAGUUACCUAGACCGACCAACCUUAAAGAUUUGGAAUCGUUUCUCGGAAAAAUGAACUAUUAUCAUCAAUUUAUCGACAAUUUUGCUCAAAUUGCAGGCCCCCUCAACAUGCUUCGUGGAAAAAAACAUAAGGUUCGUCUGGAAUAA